AUAAGGACCGCGGAGAGCGAGCGGGACAAGGCGGCGCGAAGGAAGAGAAAGAGGGGAAGAAAAGUGACCGAGAGGGCGCCGAGCAUCCUCGCCCCGGCGCAGCGGGAGUCGCCCGAGAGCAGCCUCCCCGCGACAGAGCCUCAGCCUGCCUGGAAGAUGCCGAGAUUGUGCAGCACUUGUUCGGGCGUCCUGCUGCUGACCUUGCUGCUUCAGGCCUCCAUGGAGGUGCGUGGUUGGUGCCUGGAGAGCAGCCAGUGUCAGGACCUCACCACGGAAACUAACCUGCUGGCGUGCGUCCGGGCCUGCAAGCCAGACCUCUCGGCCGAGACGCCCGUGUUCCCCGGCAACGGCGACGAGCAGCCGCUGACCGAGAACUCCCGGAAGUACGUCAUGAGCCACUUCCGCUGGGAUCGCUUUGGCCGCCGGAACAGCAGCAGCAGCGGCGGCGCGGCCCAGAAGCGCGAGGAGGAGGGGGUGCCGGGGGGCGAAGGCCCGGGACCCCGCGGCGAUGGCGCCGAGCCGGGCCCGCGCGAGGACAAGCGCUCCUACUCCAUGGAGCACUUCCGCUGGGGCAAGCCGGUGGGCAAGAAGCGGCGCCCCGUGAAGGUGUACCCCAAUGGCGCCGAGGACGAGUCAGCCGAGGCCUUCCCCCUUGAGUUCAAAAGGGAGCUGGCCGGGGAGCGGCCCGAGCCGGCGCGCGGCCCCGAGGCCCCGGCCGAGGGCGCAGCCGCCCGGGCCGAGCUGGAGUACGGCCUGGUGGCGGAGGCCGAGGCGGCCGAGAAGAAGGACGAGGGGCCGUAUAAGAUGGAGCACUUCCGCUGGGGCAGCCCGCCCAAGGACAAGCGCUACGGCGGUUUCAUGACCUCCGAGAAGAGCCAGACGCCCCUGGUCACGCUGUUCAAAAACACCAUCAUCAAGAACGCCCACAAGAAGGGCCAGUGAGGGCGCAGUGGGCAGGGCUUCUCUCCCUGGGAAGUCGACCCCAAAGCCCCACCUCCUGCCCUCCUGCCGCCUCGCGGCCUGGGUGAGGCCUCGCCCAGGCGGUGAUGGCGCCAGGCAUUCCACCUUUUAGAGCUGUCUGUAGUUAGGCAAUAAAACCUUUCAAGUUUCG